AUGAGUUGGUCAAUAGAUUAUCCUGACCUCAAUUCAUUUGAGAAGUUGUCGGGUAUCCUUGCUCGUAUGGUGUACGGAGAAGGUCCUUCUUUUCUUUCAUUAAUUUGUUUUUUCUUUAAUUUUCUUUCAUUCUUUUAUUAUUUUUUGUUGCUUUCAUUAAUUCUUCCUUUCUUUCCUUAUUUCUUUCGUUCUUUCAUUAAUUCUUACUUUUUAUUUCGUUCUUUUUUCCCGUCUUUUUUCUUCCUUUCUUUUCUUUUCUUUUUUUUCUUUCUUUCUUUCUUUCUUUCAUUUUUCAUCCUUCCUUUUCUUCUUUCUUUCUUUCAUUUUUCAUCCCUCCUUUUCUUCUUUCUUUCUUUCUUUUUUCAUCCUUUCUUUCUUUCUUUCUUUCUUUCUUUCGUCCUUCCUCUUUCUUUCUUUCUUUCAUUUUUCUUCCUUUCUUUCUUUCUUUCUUUCUUUCUUUCUUUCUUCUGUCCUUCCUUUUUCAUCUUUCUUUCAUUUUUCGUCCUUCCUUUUGUUCUUUCCUUUUUUCUUUCUUUCUUUCUUUCUUUCUUUCUUUCUUUCUUUCUUUCUUUUCUUUUCGUCCUUCCUUUUUCUUUCUUUUCUUUCUUUCUUUCUUUCUUUCUUUCUUUCAUUUUUCAUCCUUCCUUUACUUCUUUCUUUCUUUCUUUCUUUCUUUCUUUCUAUCAUUUUUCAUCCUUCCUCUUUCUUUCUUUCUUUCUUUCUUUCUUUCUUUCUUCUGUCCUUCCUUUUUCACCUUCUUCCAUUUUUCGUCCUUCCUUUUCUUCUUUCUUUCUUUCUUUUUCUUUCUUUCUUUCUUUAUGUAUUUUUCUUCUUUGUUUCUUUCUUCCUUCCUUCCUUUCUUUUGUUCCUUCUUACUUUCCUCAUUUCAUUCUUUCUUUUUUUCAUAUUUAG